AUGAAGCCGCACAGUCUCAUGCGAAAAUAUGAUGCAACUCCAAAAAGGAAAAAAGGUCAAGACACGGAUGCGAUAGAAUGGCAGACUACUGAGGCAGCUGAGACCGAGGCUGAGACAAUCGGAGGGCAGACCGAAAUAACAGAUAACCAUGAAAGCAAUAUACCCAUCAUAUUCAUUAGUAAUCAACCUGAUUCAUUUGAGGACAAUUCAAAAACCUGUUUGUCUGAUCCAACAAAUACCCCAAUAACCAUGGAGACUUCAGGAUAUGUAACAGCCUCCGAUUUGCAGAUUUGCCGAAGUUCAGAAGAAGAACAUUCAUACUUUGUAUUGUCAGAUUUUGACCUGAUAGCGUUUCUGAAGUCUGAUAUUGUUAAACAGGCAAUCUUGUUCAAAUCGAAGAAAAAUCAAGCACUUUCAAAUCUUGAAAGGGAUGGACUUUCAAACGCUCUAGCUCACUUGUUGCGACUGAUCUUCCAAUACGUCCUGCUAGAAGGACACUUUGAAGUUCUGGACGGACAAGCGAGCGUCCUGCCAGUAGGACGUACAAAAGUACUUCUGGAAGCGCUUCCAGCAGAACAACUGCUUGAAAGUGCUAAAUCUGGUCUUUCAGAUUGCUUCAUCAAGCUAUCUGUUAGCACAGUCUAUUUGUCAAUCAUUAGCAGGGAAUUGGAAAAGACUCUUAACAAGGCAGCUCGCCUUAGGAUUCAAACAUCGUCUCCGAGGAGUCCUUUGCCAGCCAGAUCAAGGAUGGCGGAGAUGUGGGCAGAGAUCUUUACGUAUCUCAAAGAAGAUGCUGUCCUUUUAGAGUGGCUCAGCUCAGAGGAUGAGGCAAGGACCCUCCACACAGUCAACAUUGCUAAGGCAAGAGAGUGGCAGGCUGCCCUGGCUUAUCAAGGGUUCGAUGUUAAGAGGGUGCUUAGAAAUCUAAGAGCCAACUACAAUACAUACAUGCAAGACACCCCUGGUGCGUCCACUAAGUAUGAAGUGCCAGUCAAGGAUGCUGAUGGAGACAGAAUAGUAACUUACACCAAUAAGGAGCUUUUGGCAUCAGACAUCCAAUUCCUUGUAACCGUAUUUGCAGUGAGAGGGUGCAAAUGGGAAAAAGUGAUCAACAAAUCAGAGGCAGGGUUGAUUGGGAUUCUAGACAUGCUAAAAGGGAAACUAGGACUGACCGUUGAUUCUAAUGCUGCUGGAGUUGCUCUGCCUCCAGACACAAUCACCAUUGCUAGAAUUACUGCUUGUUUCCCUAUCACCAUAUGCAAAUUGUUCCAUGAGGGAAUAGGAAAACUGUUAGUCUCUCAUGAGCAAGUUGGACUGGAUGAAGGCAUCUCCAAAGCUGUCUUGUGCCCGUACUUCUCGUCGUGUAUCCCCAAGGAGUGGGUUGAUGUUGAAAAGAAUGUUAAUCUCUUCUUUUUCUUGGUCCAUGUUGUAGUUGAUGAUCUCAUUCACAGGGGGACUAAGAAUUGCACCUGCCUUGAUGAUAUGUUCAACUACUACCGUGCGUCUUAUGACUCUGUGGCUAUGCCCCCAGGCCCUAGGAAGAAGUUCUGUUCUGUUUAUCUGAGGUCAUUGCUGAGCUAA